AUGACGGAAUGUGUUCUUCACAAAGAGAUCCAACGACUCGCCAUCUCCAGCUCGGGUUUGAUCUACAUUGCCGACGGGACCAACAUUCGGGUCGUGGAUCCCGAUGGAAUCAUCUUCACGCUCAUCGGAGACCAUUCGCACAAGUCACACUGGAAGCCGAUGCCCUGCUCCGGAACUGACGAAGUAUCCCAGGUGACUUUGCGAUGGCCGACUGAAUUAGCAGUGAACCCUCUUGAUGACUCUCUGUACUUCAUCGAUGACCAUCUCGUUCUGAGGAUCACAAAGGAUAAACAAGUUCAAACUGUGGGAGGUCAACCACUCCAUUGCCCGAGAAACAGUGAUAGUCCAGGCAGCCGGAAGAAAGGAAGCCAGAAGGCGUCGCACGCAAUCCUAACCCAGCCGCAAUCAAUGGCAUUUUCCCCCUCCGGCGAUUUGUACGUUGCCGAAAGCGACGGACAGCGAGUUAAUCGCGUCCGUGUCAUUAAAUCCGACGGAACCAUUUCUUCGUUUGCUGGCGAAAUUGGACCCAACAGUAAGCCAGUGUCGUCGUCGGGAUCAUCGACAGUGUCGAUCCCUGCGUUGCAUGCAGAAUCCGGCAACGAUUACUUGGCACUGACAACUGUAUUCGGCACUGUGACAGCCAUUGCUGUCACUCCCGACGGAGUGCUGCAUAUUGCUGACCAAGGGAAUGCCAAAAUUCGAUCAGUCACCAGCAGUUUGCCGCCUGCGACUGCCACCAACGAAUAUGUCCUGUUUGCUCCUGAAGUUCACGAAGCCUACGUUUUCAAUCGAUUCGGUCAACACAUUCGAACGAAGAAUUUAGUCACAGGAAAAACCAAGUACACUUUCGGUUACAAUGUCAAUACAAGCACUGGGAAACUUAGCACUGUCACAGACUCUGCUGGAAAUACCAUCAAAGUUCUGCGAGGGUAUGGCAGCCGAGUUUCCGCCAUCGAAAACGCGCAAAGUCAGAAAUUCAUGGUGUCGACGUCUCGCAUUGGGCUUCUGGAGUCCUUCGUGUGGCCAGACUCGACGAACGUGACGUUUUCCUACGUGGGCCCGAGUGGACUGUUGGCAGAGAAAGUCGACGCUGUCGGGGAUGCCUACAAGUACGGCUACGACCGCGACGGACGCCUCACGUCACUCGUCACCGCCACGGGUCACACGUAUCGACUGGAAUUCGACCUGGGCUCUGAAGGUGCAGUGGUGUCCAUGGCUCGAGACGGACGUCCGGCCAAGCAAUACGUUGUUCAUGGCUCUGUCGUCACCGUCCUCGAGGGCGAUGGAAGCGAAAUGAGAGACACAUUUUCCAAGAAUCCAGACGGAAGCGUUGUGUCGAAAACGGCGUUUGAAAACGAGUUCAUGACGGAAGUGGUUCCGUCGAAUGUUCUAUCCAACAAGGAUCCUCUGCUCGCCAACAACUUCCCAGUUCCUGCUGUGCAACGAGUCAUCGUCGGUGGAGAACUUGUCAACUCCUUUGAAUGGCGAUAUUUCUCUAGGCUCGGUGGUCGACCGACUGCUGCAAACGACGGCAGCGACAUCGCUGUGGUGGGCCGUCAAAUGCGCGUCAACGGAUUGGACCUGCUGAGUUUCGAGUACGAUCUCUCAGAGCGGGAGAUCCGUGUCCAGGAUCGGAAAGAGAAGAUCCUCACUGUCAAGUACGACGAACAUGGACGUCCUGUUUUGUGGACACCGCCUGCCACCAUGAAACCCGUGGAAAUGAGCUACGACGCUUUCAGCAAUAUCCAAAGCUGGACCCGGGGCUCGGGACACGUUGUCGAUUUCAAGCACGACAUGAUCGGGAGAUUGAUUGAAAUUUCCAGCGGGAACAAUGCUUCGACGCGGUUUGAAUUCGGUGCCAAUGACCUUACUGGAAUCCAGCCAAUGAAGUUGACGAUGCCUGGUGGAAGCAUUUUCGAGUACGAAUGGGACGAAAGCGGCGGAUUGUCGGCUGUGAAAACCCCACUGGGAAGUCGCCACUUGUUCGCCAUUCGUCCAUCUUUCGGGUUCUACAGGAUCACCUACCAACCCCCGAUUGGUUCGACACCGUUCAGCGCCACGUUCGACGGCAAAGCCCGAGUUCUGCAGGCAUCCGGAACCGGACACGGGUCACGGGUCCAGUACUACUACGACCCCUCGAGCGACAACCUGAAGCAAGUCUUAUUCGGGGACGCGGAAAUAGAAUUGUCCUAUUAUCCGGACACUGGGCUGCUGAAAACCGUGACCCAUCUGGAAAAGGCUCAGAAGUUCCUCACUGAUUACAAGUACCAAUCCGGGCUGGUGAAAGAAGAAAGUGCGGAUUUCCGUGCCAAUGAUGACCUGGAAAGCUAUUCUUUCCAGUAUCAAUACGACGGACACGGGCGACUCAUCCGGUCGCAACUCAACGUUGGCGGCAAAGACACGGCGCCUUUGUUGCUAAAAAUGGACGCCCACACUGGCAUUCUUGACACUGUCGCAGGUCUCAAGUUUGACUACCGAGACAAAAUGAACACCUACGUCACGGAUGGCAAUGGAGUCCGUGGGUUCAGGGCCACGUAUUCCAACGGGCCUUAUGGAGACCUGAAAUCCGUCGCCUUUGUCAUCAACGACAAGCAGGUCUUUGAAAUGAAGCUCAAUUACGAUGCUGGGAAUCGAAUUGCGGAGAGUCGAGUGACUGUUGGGCGGUCUACGAGGCAGGAACAGUUGGGAUACGAUGCCGAUGGGCAUUUGCGUUUUGUGAAGGGCCGGCGGUCAUUUGAGUACUCGUACGAUGCUAAUGGCAAUUGCGUGAGGAUCGCUGAGGAAGGAGAGACUUGGAUGCUGAGUUAUGACAAGGCAGAUCGGCUCACUGACUUUGGCGAACACGUUUGGAAUCGAUACGACUCGGACGGUCGUGUUCGUCAGACCCGAGACAUCCGGUUCACGUACAACUCGAAAUCCCAGCUGAUGCACGCUGUGCAACCCGACGGGUUCCGUCGCUGGUACAUCUACGACCACAGAGACCGACUCGCAGCCUGGCUC